AGCUUAGAGCAAAAUGUGUAGUGAUUGCAGAAAGACCCUGUCUUUGGCGUGAGCCUGCCGUGUUCAGUGCCUUGCUUGGUGCUUUGGGAGCAGCUGACUUGAGUUAGUCCAAGUCCCCGCCCUCGUGGAGCUCCGCUGUCUUGCGGAAGCAGCAGGCUGUCAACUUCCUAAGUGAAUUUGCUUUCGACAAUAUUUUGAAGCAGAUCUGAUAUGCCACUUGAAUUAAUAAAAGAAGUGAAUGGAGUACCUGAGGUUGAGCUGCUAGGUGAAUUAAACAAAGUAGAUUUCAGGUCUCUACAACCAGGUUGUGAUUAUAGCAAGAAAUACAUCCAGGGAAAACUUUCACUUAUUUCUUCUUUAACUUAUGGUGGAAACAGAACAGCUGUUUUGAAGAUUGCACUACAAGAACAAGAAAAUUCAAAUUCAGACACCAACACUGUCAAUGUACUAUUUUUUGGAAAAUUAGCAAAGGACUGUGCAAAAGUUUUCUAUGAAGGGGACACCAUUGCAGUGGCUGGAUUUGCUGUCUUGUCAGCAUCUUCAUCUAUAAGCAGAGAUGGUAAACAUUGUUUAUUUUUGAAAGCAUUUGAGGACUUUAAAUCAACUGUUUAUGUUUAUGUUAAAUCUGUAAGAGAUUUUUCUGCAGAAUCAAUGUCUUUGGUUCCAACAACACACUAUAUAUAUACACCCCUGAAUCAACUUAAGGGUGGCACAGUCGUCAAUGUCUAUGGUGUUGUGAAGUUCUUUAAGCCUCCAUAUCUAAGCAAAGGAACUGAUUAUUGCUCGGUUGUAACAAUUGUGGACCAGACAAAUGUAAAGCUAACCUGCAUGCUCUUUAGUGGAAAUUAUGAAGCCCUUCCAAUAAUUUAUAAAAAUGGAGAUAUUGUUCGCUUUCACAGGCUGAAGAUCCAAGUAUAUAAAAAUGAAACUCAGGGUAUCACCAGCUCUGGCUUUGCAUCUUUGACAUUUGAGGGAACUUUGGGAGCUCCUGUCAUACCUCGUACUUCAAGCAAGUAUUUUAACUUCACUGCUGAGGACCAGAAAAUGGUAGAAGCUUUACGUGUUUGGGCAUCUACUCAUAUUUCACCUUCUUCAACAUUAGUAAAAUUGUGUGAUGUUCAACCAUUGCAGUAUUUUGACCUGACUUGUCAGCUCUUGGGCAAAGCAGAAGUGGAUGGAGCAUCAUUUCUUUUAAAGGUAUGGGAUGGCACCAGGACCCCGUUCCCAUCAUGGAGAGUCUUAAUACAAGACCUUGUACUUGAAGGAGAUUUAAGUCAUAUCCAUCGGCUGCAGAAUCUGACAGUGGACAUUUUAGUCUACGAUAAUCAUGUUCAAGUGGCAAAAUCUCUAAAGGUUGGAAGCUUUCUUAGAAUUUAUAGCCUCCAUACCAAACUUCAGUCACUGAAUUCAGAGAACCAGGCAACGUUGUUAGCUCUAGAAUUUCAUCUCCAUGGGGGUACCAGUUACGGCCGGGGAAUCAGAGUCUUGCCAGAGAGUAACUCUGAUGUGGAUCAACUGAAAAAAGUUUUAGAAUCUGCAGAUUUGACAGCCAGUCAGUGUUCCGAUGCUGUAUGUCAUUCAGAACAUGAGGACAGCUUUCGGACUCUUUCGAGCUCUGGAUCAGUAUCACUGUAUGAAGUAGAAAGAUGUCAGCAACUAUCAGCUACAAUACUUACAGAUCAUCAGUAUUUGGAGAAAACCCCAAUAUGUACUAUUUUGAAACAAAAAGCUCCUCAGCAGUAUCGUAUCCGAGCCAAAUUAAGGUCAUAUAAGCCCAGAAGACUCUUUCAGUCUGUUAAACUCCAUUGUCCUAAAUGUCAUGCACUGCAAGAAGUUCCACAUGAGGGUGAUAUGGAUAUAAUUUUACAAGAGGGUGCAAGUAAGACCCCAGAUACCAAACUACAAAAUACAUCAUUAUAUGAUUCAAAAAUGUGGACCACUACAGAUCAAGGGGAACGAAAUGUGGCUGUUCAUUUUGUAAAAAAUAAUGGUAUUCUUCCACUUUCAAGUGACUGUCUGAUUUUGAUAGAAGGAGGUACACUCAGCGAAAUCUGCAAACUCGCAGACAAGUUUCAUAGUGUAAUUCCUGUGAGAUCUGGCCAUGAAGACCUGGAAGUCCUUGAUCUUUCAGCACCAUUCCUUAUACAAGGGAAAAUUCAUCACUAUGGAUGUAAACAAUGUUCUACUUUGAGACCAAUUCAAAAUCUAAAUUCCCUGGUUGAUAAAACACAAUGGAUUCCAUCUUCUGUGGCUGAAGUACUGGGUAUUGUACCCCUUCAACACGUGUUUGUAAUGACAUUUACUCUUGAUGAUGGAACAGGAGUAUUGGAAGCUUAUCUCAUGGAUUCUGACAAAUUCUUCCAGAUCCCAGCAUCAGAAAUCCUCAUCAAUGAUGACCUUCAGCAGAGUAUGGAUACGAUCAUGGAUAUGUUUUGUCCUUCAGGAAUAAAAAUUGAUGCAUAUCCAUGGUUGGAAUGCUUCAUCAAGUCGUAUAAUGUCACAAAUGGAACGGAGCAGCAAAUUUGCUAUCAGAUUUUUGACACCACAGUUGCAGAAGAUAUAAUCUAAUAUUGUCAUUUAGCUUAGCAUAUGUAAAAUAUUAUAAUUUUAGAAAACAUAAUUUUCUGUGAGAUUGUUAUCAAACACAUAGUUUAACUGUAUAGUUUAUCUUUCCAUUUUAACCAUAUUUAAUUUUUUUUCCACAAAUAGACAUUGUGUUAUCUUACUGCCUUCUUGUGAGUAAGUUAAAAAUGUUUCUUUUGCUCAAAAUUUCCAGUAUGGUGGUUGCUAGGGGCAUAAAGGAGAAAGGGGAAUAAGUAGGACUGUCUUUGUUUACCCCUAGUAGCCCUUUCAGAGAAAUUGUUCUGAUACCCUACACUAAAAAUCACUUUCCUUAUUGGUUUUUCCAUGCGUCAGCCAGUGAUUUAUCUGCCAGCCUCUAUCUAUACUUGACCUUCUUUUCCUGCCCUGAUUUUUAUAUCAGCAGUGUUAAUGAUUUUAGCAUGGAUAUGGGGUUAGAAAAUGUCCUUAACAUUAACUCAUUCAGCUUUUACUGAGUGCGAGGCAUGUAGCGGCUAGUGGUUUGAUUUGGUUUUGUACAAUGGAUCUGCUUAAAGAAGUACUCUUUGCUGAGAAGUGCUCUUCUGACUGAUGACAGCAUGCUUACAGGACUGAUUCACUUUAGUGUAUGUGGCAGGAUUGCUUUCUUUCAGUGCUGUAAACCAAUUUAGGAUAAAUCUGUUUUUUUAAGACCUGAAUUAUGUACUUCUGACUGCUUGCAUCUCUACAUGGUAUUAGAAGGUAUUGCAGUCCACCUUGAUGUAAUAAAGCAGUCAGAUUUUACAGUGUUAAUGACUUACUUAUAUUAUCCUUUUUAAAAUUGUCUUGUGUAAUAUAUAUCUAUAUUUCAGAUUGAACAUGGAAUGAGAUAUUUAUAUGGUAGUCUACUUUUUAUAUGACAGUGGUUGUGAAAUUUAGAAUCAUGAAUAUUCAGUUUUAUACAAAUAUACAAAUAUUUGUAUGUAUGUAUAGACUUGCGUAUAUUAUUUGGUAAAUACUGAGACAUACAGAUCUACCUAGUUCAAUAUUAGUGAAGAAUAAAUUAAUGCACAUAUUACACCUGUUUUCUUUAUUUGCUCUGUGUUGAGUUGAAGCAUGAUUGGAGGCAAAGAAUCACACAGGAGUGUCCAUAUCGAAGAUAUUUAAGACUGUCUAUAUACUAGGUACUGUGCAAAGCAUUUAACUGUCUUUGAGUUUCACAACAAUCAUUUUCCUGAUAAAACUGAGGCUUGAUUGAUGAGCUGACUUCACUAAGUUCACACGGUUAUUAAAUGCUAGUCAGUACUCAAAUUCAGGUAAUCUGUGUUCAGAGGCUGCACUAUUAACCACUCCAGGAUUCUGGGGCAAAAGCUAGCAUGGGAUUUUCUACAAAUGAGACCUUCCUUAAAUAUUUGAAGUAACAUUGGAAAUAAAUUAUGAGAGGAGUCCAUGUUAUGUUUUCUUAGACUAUCAAAAGGCUUUUAACAUUUUAUUGGCCAAAAAAGGGUCAAACAUCUGAUUUCCUCUGCUCAUAGUAACUCCAAAUUCUAGUUUCUGAGUAUAUUAGCCUAUCCCCAGACCUAAUUACCCGUCUCUCAUCACUGAAUUAUCAGCUUGUUGGAGAUGGUAGAAAAAGAGGCUGAUGCUGCUGGUUUGGGGAUAUAAACUUUGGUUCAAAACAUCUUCAGAGAAAAGUUUUAGGAACUGUAUAAAAGAACAGAUCGAUUUCAGUAUCAGUGGUAUGCGGGGAUCUGAAGGCGAGAGAACCAUUUCCUCUUCAGGAAACACCCAGUCUAGAAGAGGAGGGGUCAGAAGGUACAGCAGGUCACAGUGCCGUCUCCUUUCUUUUCUUUUCUUUUUUUUUUAAUAAACUCCCCCACAUUGUCAUCAUUUGUUUGUUUUUUAACCUUUCAGCUUGGAACAAGAACUGGUCUGUCAACACCUAGUGUUUAUACAGUGAUGAUGUAUGCACCUUACCUGAAGCAGGAACGCAGAAUGCUAGGAGAAUUCUAUUUCUGGAGCAAGUAGAUGGUAGUUCACUGUGCUCUGAUUUGAGCCAUGUCCUCUUUCUUGUUCAUGUGAAUACCAGUAGUCUUCGUGUCAGAUUUAAAAUUACAUAAAUUUAAGAAUGUAGUUUGUGCACAACUUCUUGCUCAAUUUCCAGUCUCUGAAGCAUCCAUUAGCUACUACUGGAUUGUCUCUUGUCACCCCUGCACUGUUCUGUAUGAGGAAGAGAGGGCGUAGCUUAGAAAAUCUGAGGUAGUCAAUUACACAAUAAUGAAAAAUUCACUGCUCACAUGCUUUUUUUUUCAAUUUAUUUUUUAUUGAUGUUCAAUUUGCCAACAUAUAGAAUAACACCCAGUGGUCAUCCCAUCAAGUGACCCCCUCAGUGCCCAUCACCCAGUCACCCCCACCCCCUGCCCACCUCCCUUUCUACCACCCCUAGUUCGUUUCCCAGAGUUAGUCUCUCGUGUUCUGUCUCCCUUUCUGAUAUUUCCCACUCAUUUUUUCUCCUUUCCUGUUUAUUCCCUUUCACUAUUUUGUAUAUUCCCCAAAUGAAUGAGACCAUAUAAUGUUUGUCCUUCUCCGAUUGACUUAUUUCACUCAGCAUAAUACCCUCCAGUUCCAUCCACGUCGAAGCAAAUGGUGGGUAUUUGUCGUUUCUAAUGGCUAAUAUUCCAUUGUAUACAUAGACCACAUCUUUAUCCAUUCAUCUUUCAAUGGACACCGAGGCUCUUUCUGUCCCUACCUUCCAUUACACUGCUUUAUUUAAGGGAACUACACAGGCCAAGAUGAGAUGCAUCAUUCCUUCUUCCCCCCACCCCCUUUUUUUUUUUAUCCCUGGUCAUGUUGCAUGUUGGGAAUUGUUUCUGAAUGAAUAUAGAAAGACUGGUGUUAAUGGAAUAGAAGCUGAAUACACUUCUGUCUACCUAAGAAAGCAAUCUCCACACAAUAGGGUACUGGCUGCACAAUUUUUGAGUCCGUGUAGCUCCCAUGUUGUAGCUACUUGCAGGUCCCAGAGAUAGGCCAGAAUCUAACCAGCUGUGCUUUUGUGUUUCCAAAGUCAGGCAUGAGUUUGUCAUGACUUGUGACUCUCAAGCCAGAUGAUUCUCUUCUACACUUUCUGGAACCUUUCCUUGGUAUCUGGGAAAAUAGCUAGAUUCUUCUGAUUAUUAUCAGUGUUUUGAAUUUUGGUCAUGUAUUUCACUAAGUUUUGUUUGUAUCCAGAAUUUCUUGAAAUAAAAGUAAUUGUAUUGGUAUGAUUUGAAACAAUAUAAAGCAUAUGAAGUUGAACAUUAAUUCUUACUCUAACUAGUACCCCAGAGGGCGUUUGGUAUAUAAUUUUGCAGACUAUUUUCCCUAUGAAUGGGUAAAUAUACAUAUAUAUGGUUUUAAAAAUAGCAUCAUGCUAUAAAUAUAUUUCCACAAUUUGCUUUUGCCACUUUAUAAAGUAGACUUUGUAUUUUAUAUAAAUACACAGAGAAGGACAAACUUAUUUGUAAUUAUUCAGCAUAAGUAGGAAUUCUCUGAUUCUUUCAUUUCUAUUUUUAUCAUGUUUUUUGGCCUAUUUAAGUGUUCUAUUUCUUAUUGAAACAAUUUUGGAAUUUUAUGUUUUUAUAGGAAUGCAUUCAGAUUACUUGUUU